AACAUCUGGCUUAUUUUUGGGAGAGUCUUCAGAUGGUUUGUCUACAUUUCCAACGCUACAUCAUGAACCACCACCAUCCUAUGAUUCAGUUGUGGCUAUGCAGGAGCAACAACUAUUACAGCAACAACAACAGCAACAUUUAUUGUUGCUGCAUCAUCAACAACAACAACAACAAAUGCAAAUGCAAAUUCAACGCAAUUCACCUCCUCCUGGUUAUCGUUCAUCUCUCGAUGUAAGUGGCAUAGCGUCCACAUCAAUAUUAUCGUGUAAUCGAGGUGCACCUGAUGGUAUGGACACAGCUAGCGAUGGUAAUGGCAACCUAAGCAACACUACCAGCAGUGGAAAUAUAUAUGUCCAACGUAAACAAUUUACUAACAACAACAACAACAACGACAAUAAAGUUUCCGUUAAUACAGGCGGAAAUGCAAUUUUGAAUAUUAAAAAAGGAUUCACUGCACAAUCUUGUUGCUCGUUGCAACGUGCAGAAGUGGAGAACAUGUGGCACGCAGCUGCUGCAGCAGUAGUCGCAAGAGCAGCACAUACUACAACAACUACAUCAGCCAGUACAAGUAAUGCCAAUGCAACUAAUGAACAAGCAAUGACCGUAACAACACCAACAAUUUUAAGGGCGAGAAAAUCUCUACCCUCCUCUUAUGGUGGUGCGAAAUUGAGCGUGAACGAAAUCAGUCGACGUUACCUGCAACCGCAUAAUUACUAUCAACGCGGUUGUCCAUUGUGUGGCAAGUUUUGCUAUGAAGUAGACGACACGUUUUCGUUGUCAACUGAAAGUGGAUUAGAUAAUCCAACAACUUGUGGCAAUAUAGCUAUAUGGGAUGUGGAAAACUUAAAAGCAAAUGGAAAUAAUGCUGUCGGUGAUAACAAUUGUAGUGCAUGCACCAUUUUUCAUAAUGCUAACAACAAUUACAACAAUGUUUUUUUAACAAAAUCUGAAAAUGAAGAAGUGACCACCGAACAAAAUAAUACAGGAACAACCUCACUACCUUUAAAUGUAAGCAACGAAAUUUUCUUUAAACCUGAGCAAAGCAUACCAUCAACAACAUUAGCACCAACAACAAUAGCAGCUGUAGCUAAAAUUGCAACAAAUAAUGAGCAAACAACAGCAACUGUUGAUGUAAAUGGCAACAACAAUGAAAACGAUACCGCUGCUACACACAAUAACGCAAAUUCAACUGAAAAUCAAAAUGACUUUAGCAUGAUGAACACAGAUUUAGAUACUAAUGCCAAUGCGUCUCUAGAACCGGCAGUUGUACCAGCUGCAACUAGUCGAACUACUACAACAUUAAAUACAGACACCCCAACAACAACAGCUGAAAAUGUUCAUACAGAUAAUUUGGAGCUAAAUUUGGAUUCAAUUAAUGAGAAUGGCAUCGUGCGUUUGGAUAUGAGUAAAAUUAUUGAUAAAACUGGGCUACCAACUUAUGAGGCCGCACUUAAACUGGAAUCGAGUGGAUAUGUUUGAAAAUGCAUAUGAAACCAUGAAGAAAAAACAGAAACUUUACUGAUACUCAAUAAACAUACAUUGAUAAUUUCACAAAUUUACACAAUAAACAUAAAUAUUAUAUUUUAGUAGUUCAAAUAGUCACGAAUGUGCU